AUGAAGGGCCUGUUCGUGGCUUCGGCCCUUUUGGCAUCAUGUGUCUCCGGACAUAUGCAGAUGUCGAAGCCGUAUCCCAUUCGGAGCCCGCUGAAUCCGGACGCGGAUGGCCAAAAAGAUUACUCCUACACGAACCCCCUGUCAACAGAUGGAUCUGAUUACCCGUGCAAGGGAUAUGCCAAUGAUCCCUUUGAGUCUGUUGCUGACUAUAAGCCCGGCCAAGCGUACGAACUUGAACUACAAGGCAGCGCGACCCACGGCGGAGGUUCCUGCCAGAUUGCUCUCUCAUAUGACAAGGGCAAGACCUUCAAAGUUAUCCAUUCAAUGCUCGGGGGGUGUCCUCUCACCUCCAAGUAUAACUUUCAAAUUCCCUCGGACGCCCCGUCUGGCGAGGCCCUCCUAGCCUGGUCGUGGUUCAACAAGAUCGGAAACCGCGAGAUGUACAUGAACUGUGCUAUGGUCACCAUCAAGGGUGGCUCUCAGGCCCGUCAGCACGCUCGCGACCUGUCUCCUGCCUUCUCCCGCCGGGCUGGCGGCUUUGACAGCCUUCCACCCUUGUUCCAGGCCAACAUCAACGGACCCGGCAAGUGUAAGACAGUGGAAGGCCAGGAAGUUAACUUUCCUCUCCCCGGACCUUCCGUCGAGGGCUCCUUGAGUGGCAAGGGAUACCAGUGCGAGAGCGAUGCGCCUUUCCUGCGCAGUGACUCGAGCAGCAACAGUCCCAAGGCCUCUUCGUCCGAUCAAGCCGUUGCCUCCACUGCUACAUCUUCAAGUGCCCAAUCUCCAGCCACAUCUCAAUCUAAGGCUACAUCUUCAAGUUCCCAUUCUCUGGCCUCUCCUUCGAGUUCCCAUCAUGUGGUCAAACCGUCAAGUUCGCAGUCUCCCGCGACACCUUCAAGCUCCCAUUCUGUGGCUACGCCCUCGGCGAGACCCACUCGACUCCACGCACCCCUUCGCGAAAGGCCCAAGCCUUCACAGCCCUCCAGUCCUGAGUUCAUGUACGACCCUCAGCCCCAGUCUCAAUCCACCCCAGAGUCUGGUUACAUGCCUGAGAGUCAAUCUAGCCCUGAGUUCGCGUACAACCCACAGUCUGCAUCUCAAUCUAUCCCACAGUCUGGGUAUAAGCCUCAGUCUGCGUCCCAGUCCACAGGGAAUUCCGGGUAUAAGCCUGAGAGUCAAUCCUCCCCGGAGUUUGGGUACAACCCUCAGCCUGCAUCCCAGGCUGCCCCACAGUCUGGCUACAGCCCUCAGUCGUCAUCUCAAGCCAGCCCGCAAUCAGGUUAUAAGCCUCAGUCCUCGUCUCAAGCAAGCCCGCAGUUAGGGUAUCAGCCCCAGCCCCAGUCUCAAUCCACCCCAGAGUCUGGUUACAUGCCUGAGAGUCAAUCUAACCUUGAGUCUGGUUACAACCCGCAGUCUGAAUCCCAAUCUAUCCCACAGUCUGGAUAUAUGCCUCAGUCUGCGUCCCAAUCAACCCCAGAGUUUGGGUACAGCCCUCAAUCAUCCUCAUCCCAAGCCACCCCGCAGACUGGGUAUCAGCCUGAGAGUCAAUUCAACCAAGACUCUGGGUACAAGCCUCAGUCAUCCCAGUCUGGUCAAUCUGCCCCAGGCUCUGGGUAUAAGCCUCAGUCUGCUCAGUCCGCCGCUCAGUCUGGGUAUCAACCUGAGAGUCAAUUCAACCAAGACUCUGGGUACAGCCCUCAGUCCGCAUCUCAAGCAGCCCCAGAGUCUGGGUACAAGCCUCAGCCGGCGUCUCAAGCCGCCACGAACUCUGGAUAUAAGGCUCAGUCUGUUCAAUCCGCUCCGGAAGCUGGGUACAAGCCUCAGUCUUCCCAGUCCGCCGCCCAGUCUGGGUACAACCCUCAGUCCGCAUCUCAAGCAGCCCCAGAGUCUGGGUAUAAGCCCCAGUCAUCCCAGUCUGGUCAAUCUGCCCCAGACUCUGGGUACAACCCUCAGUCCGCAUCUCAAGCAGCCCCAGAGUCUGGGUAUAAGCCUCAGUCAUCCCAGUCUGGUCAAUCUGCCCCAGACUCUGGAUACAAGCCCCAGUCUGCUCAGUCCGCUGCUGAGUCUGGAUACAAGCCUCAGUCAUCCCAGUCUGGUCAAUCUGCCCCAGACUCUGGAUACAAGCCUCAGUCAUCCCAGUCUGGUCAAUCUGCCCCAGACUCUGGAUACCAGCCCCAGUCUGCUCAGUCCGCUGCUGAGUCUGGAUACAAGCCUCAGUCAUCCCAGUCUGGUCAAUCUGCCCCAGAGUCUGGGUACAAGCCCCAGUCAUCCCAGUCUGGUCAAUCUGCCCCAGACUCUGGAUACCAGCCCCAGUCUGCUCAGUCCGCUGCUGAGUCUGGAUACAAGCCUCAGUCAUCCCAGUCUGGUCAAUCUGCCCCAGAGUCUGGGUACAAGCCCCAGUCAUCCCAGUCUGGUCAAUCUGCCCCAGACUCUGGGUACAACCCUCAGUCCGCAUCUCAAGCAGCCCCAGAGUCUGGGUAUAAGCCCCAGUCAUCCCAGUCUGGUCAAUCUGCCCCAGACUCUGGGUACAACCCUCAGUCCGCAUCUCAGUCCGCCGCCCAGUCUGGAUACAAGCCUCAGUCGUCCCAGUCUGGUCAAUCUGCCCCUGACUCUGGAUACCAGCCCCAGUCUGCUCAGUCCGCUGCUGAGUCUGGAUACAAGCCUCAGUCGUCCCAGUCUGGUCAAUCUGCCCCUGACUCUGGAUACCAGCCCCAGUCUGCUCAGUCCGCUGCUGAGUCUGGAUACAAGCCUCAAACUGAGUCUCAGGCCAAGCCCCAGUUUGGGUAUAAGCCUGAGCCAGAGUCUGCACCCAAACCCAAGCCGAAGGACAACCCCGAACCUGAGCAUGCCCCUGAGCCAAAGCCUUCCGAGGCUGCGCCUGCGCAAGGAUUCCCAAAGACUUGCGAACACGGCGAGAUCCUGUGCGGGGCCGAUGGUCAGACAUGGGCGAAGUGCGACUGGGGCAAACCUGUUCAGAUGGGACCUGUUGCCGCCGGUACGCGCUGCAGCCACGGUGUUAUCGAGCGUACGUAG